AUGUCGGUUAGCGAAGUGAUCCCAUCCGAACUUGAAGUAUUGAGACAGCGUAACGCUGAGCUUGAGGCGAAGAAUGUCGAGCUUAAGGCUAAGAUUGUUGAGCUUAAUGAUAAAAGUGGUGUCCUUGUGGUUGAAAAUUUUGAUCUUAAAAAUGAGGUUGCGAAGCUCAAGCGGGAACUGAUGAGUCGAUUCAAGGAGUUAGAGAAGAUGGAACAGGUCUCUUCAAAAGUUGGUGGAAAGGCACAAAAUACUAGGGAAGCGAAAUUAGAGGAUGAGAAAAUGGAUGCUUUCUUGAUCGAACAAAAUAAGAAGAAGGCCAGUGAGUCGACUGCAAAAAAUAAUCAUAGGAAGAAAGGCGCAGAAAAUAUCGUACAAUUGAUUGCAGAUGGUAUUCGAGAUGAUUCCCAUUCCGUCAAUAAAACCAAUCCUUGCGAUGGGAUUUCAGCCGGGGGCCCCAGUCAAAAUUCUUCUACAGUUCCGCAUUCAUUAGCACAAUUAUUCUAUAGAGCUACGGAUGCCAAGUGUGGCGCAAUUCGUGCUAAUCAGAAAGAGAUUUUACGCUGGUUUUAUUAUGGAGAAGAAUUCUUGAUUCAGGUUAGAGCAAUUACUAAUGAUGGUAAAGGAGAAAUUGGUGAAAAAAAGGGAAAGGGAGUAAUCUAUGAUAAAGUCUUGGAAGACCUUUCUAUUCUUCGUAAAAAGAAAUCUGAGGAAACAGGAAUGCAACUACCAGAAAUCUCCCGCAAAUGCUUGCAAGGGAAAACUCAGAAAGCUGUAAAGAUAUUUAAAUUAUUUGAGAAGUUAGCCGGGGGCCCAGGCCCAAAUUCAGCUGAGGCAAGUGUAUCAACUGCACCUAUCUCUGAAGAGAUGAUUGCGGAUGAUCAGGCUAAGACAUCGGAGACGCAAGUGGAUCCAUUGGUUCCGACUGAGGGUAACAUUCUGACUGCACCUCACUCCAAUAGUCCAAUUCUCGACCAGGCCUAUUUCCGCAAUAAAGUCUUAAAGCUUUAUCCUGGUAUAUCUCUAAGACGAAGUAACGAACUUACAGACAUAUAUCAUUGCAUGACAAAAUCUGCACUUUGUCCAUCAUGCGGAACGAAUCAUGAAGAAAAUAUAGUAGGUUAUUAUAAGAAUCUUCCGGGGACUCACUCUUGUGCCUCUUAUCGUAUAGGUUGUAUGUUUAGAUAUACGGGGGAUCUUGAGGUGGCAGCAUAG